AAAAAUUUAUCAAAAAUUUUAUUUUUAUUUAUAGUUUGAUUAGGCACUUUUAUAGUAAUUUCAGCAAAUUCAUGAUUAACCCUGUGAAUAGGGUUAGAAAUCAAUUUAUUAGCAUUUAUUCCAAUUUUGGUAUCAAGUAGAAAUUUAAAUAAUACAGAAGCUGCUCUAAAUUAUUUUCUAAUUCAAGCUUUUGCUUCAACUAUUCUUUUAUUUUCAAUAAUUCUAUUAAUUAUAUAUAAUAAUAAUAUAUUUAUAAAUUUAUUUUAUUUAUAUGAUAUACCAAUAAAAUUAAUAAUAUUAGCUUUAAUAAUAAAAUUAGGGGCGGCCCCAUUUCAUUUUUGAUUUCCUAAUGUAAUAGAAAAUAUUAACUGAAUAAAUAGAAUAUUAUUAAUAACCUGGCAAAAAAUUGGACCUAUAAUUAUUUUAUCUUAUUUUAUUAAAUUAAAUGUUACAUUUAUCAUUUUUAUUUUAUUAUCUACUUUUAUUGGGGCCUUUGGGGGGUUAAACCAAAUUUCAUUACGAAAAUUAAUAGCUUUUUCUUCAAUUAACCAUUUAGGAUGAAUAUUUAUUGCUAUUAUAUAUAACGAAAAUAUUUGAAUUAUAUAUUUUAUUAUUUAUUCAUUCUUAAAUUUUUGUUUAAUUUAUUUAUUUAAAAUCUUUCAAAUUUUUUACUUAAAUCAGCUAUAUUCAAUUUUUAUUGAACAUCCUUUAUUGAAAUUUACCUUAUUAAUCUCAAUUCUUUCACUUGGGGGAUUGCCCCCAUUUUUGGGGUUUUUACCUAAAUGAUUAAUCAUUCAAUUAUUAAGACAUAUAAACUUAAAUUUAAUUAAUUUAUUUAUUAUUUCUAUAAGAUUAAUUACUUUAUUUUAUUAUUUAAAAAUUAGAUUUUCAGCUUUUAUGAUAAAUUAUAAUGAAUUAAUUUUUUUUUAUAAAAAUUUCUUUUUUAAUAAAAAUUUACUGAUUUUAAUAAGUAUUAAUUUUUUCUCUUUUAUAAGAUUUUUUUUUAUAAUUGAUUUAAUGUACCUUUAGUUAACAAAUUUAUUUAAUUUAAAUUUUAAGUUAAUAAAACUAAUAACCUUCAAAGUUAUAAAUAAAAAAAAAAAUUUUAAAUUUAAGUAUAAAAAACAUAUUUUAAUGAAUAAAUGAUUAUAUUCUACUAAUCAUAAAGAUAUUGGAACAUUAUAUUUUAUUUUCGGGGCUUGAUCUAGAAUAGUGGGGACCUCUUUAAGAAUAUUAAUUCGUGCUGAACUAGGGUGUCCUAAUGCUCUAAUUGGGGACGAUCAAAUUUAUAAUGUAAUUGUAACAGCCCAUGCUUUUAUUAUAAUUUUUUUUAUAGUAAUACCUAUUAUAAUUGGGGGGUUUGGAAACUGACUAGUCCCAUUAAUAUUAAGAGCCCCUGAUAUAGCUUUUCCGCGAUUAAAUAAUAUAAGAUUUUGACUUUUACCCCCCUCAUUAACUUUAUUAUUAACUAGAAGAUUAGUAGAAAGAGGGACAGGGACAGGGUGAACUGUUUAUCCCCCUCUGUCGUCAACAAUUUCCCAUUCUGGGGCAUCAGUUGAUUUAUCAAUUUUUUCACUUCACUUAGCAGGUAUUUCCUCAAUUUUAGGAGCAGUAAAUUUUAUUUCAACUAUUAUUAAUAUACGGGCCCCCGGAAUAUCGUUUGAUAAAAUGCCUUUAUUUAUCUGAUCAGUAUUAAUUACAGCUAUUCUUUUAUUAUUAUCAUUACCCGUAUUAGCAGGGGCUAUCACUAUGCUAUUAACUGAUCGAAACUUAAAUACAUCCUUCUUUGACCCUGCGGGAGGGGGGGAUCCUAUUUUAUACCAACACUUAUUUUGAUUCUUUGGCCAUCCUGAAGUAUACAUUUUAAUUCUGCCAGGAUUUGGAAUAAUUUCUCAUAUUAUUAGUCAAGAAAGAGG